AUGAGCAAUUUCAUGGCAUUAGAGCUCUCAAACUCCAUAACCAAGCCCGCCAUCUUCUUCGACGCCACAACUUUCUUCCGACUCAACGAAAAUCUGCCCACAACAACCCUUCUAAUACCACCCAUAUCCUUUGCCUCUCUUAAGUCCAAGCACAGAAGAAAGACAAGGGCAGCCCAGUCAAGCCCCACAACCAGUCCUCAAGCAAGUAACAUAGCCACUGCCCAAGUGGCAGAGCAAGUAGAGGUUGAAGUUGCUGAGGGUUACACCAUGACUCAAUUUUGUGAUAAGAUAAUUGAUGUUUUCAUGAAUGAGAAGCCCAGGGCAAAGGAAUGGAGGAAGCUUUUGGUAUUUAGGGAGGAUUGGGAAAAAUAUAGGGAAAGCUUUUAUAACCGGUGUAGGACACGGGCAGAUAUGGAGGGUGAUCCAACUAUGAAAGAAAAGUUUACCUCUUUGGGGAGAAAGGUGAAGAAGAUUGAUGAUGAAAUGGAAAGGCACAGUGAACUUCUGAAGGAGAUACAAGACAAUCCAACUGACGUUAAUGCAUUAGUUGCACGGAGGCGUAAAGACUUCACAGAGGAAUUCUUUCGCCACCUUAACCUACUUUCAGAAGUUUAUGAUAGUUUGGAAGAUCGUGAUGCAAUGGCCCGGCUGGGUGCUAGAUGCUUGUCUGCCGUCAGUGCUUAUGAUAACACGCUGGAAUAUGUGGAGACAUUAGAUACUGCUCAGGCCAAAUUUGAUGACAUCCUAAAUUCUCCUUCAGUUGACGUAGCAUGUGAGAAGAUUAAAAGCCUUGCCAAGGCAAAGGAGCUUGAUUCUUCGUUGGUAUUAUUGAUAAACAGUGCUUGGGCUUCUGCAAAGGAGUCCACAACGAUGAAGAAUGAGGUCAAAGACAUAAUGUAUCAUUUGUACAAAGCCACAAAAAGCAGUCUUAGGAGCAUUGCCCCAAAAGAAAUAAAACUACUCAAGCAUUUGCUGAACAUUACAGAUCCCGAAGAGAGAUUCUCGGCAUUGGCAACAGCCUUCUCCCCUGGUGAUGGACCUGAAGCCAAGGACCCCAAAGCCGUAUACACUACGCCCAAAGAGCUUCACAAGUGGAUUAAGAUCAUGCUUGAUGCCUACCAUCUAAAUGCGGAAGAAACUGACAUUAGGGAAGCCAAGCGGAUGACUCAGCCUGUGGUUAUACAAAGGCUGUUCAUCCUCAAGGAAACUAUUGAAGAGGAGUAUUUGGAACGAAGCACAGAUCAGAAGUCUCAAACAGAGGAUACCAAACCAGAGGAAUUAUGA